AGUUUAGAAAAUGGAGGUGGACAAGAAAUGCUCAAAAAUCAGAGGAACAGUUAGCUUCUCCAUGAUGUCUGCAGUUGAGUUCCAGUUCUAUCUAAUAGAUAACUUAUCUUGCAGCUCUGUAAUGGAAACUUUUCUCCCCCUCGAAUCUUACUUUCUAGUAAAACAAAACUGGGUAAGUGGUUUGUAUACGUUACAUAGUUUGACAUUCUCAAUUGAGCUGAAGUCUUACCCUUGGAUGAGGAAACCGUCAUGAAUCCUCCCUAAAUUCGUCAAACCCAAUUUCUAUCCGACUCUACCACACAAUCUUCCGCAGUUCAUCAACCAAUCAAAUUCAUAUUCUAUUCUCUCUCUCUUUCUCUCUGCGCGUUUUCUUAAGGUGUAAAGAUUUUCCCUCCUCGCUACUGAAUUGGUAAGGCGAAACCCAGAAGACCAGAACCCAGAAGAUGGGCAUCGCCUUUAGCAUGAUAAGAAGAAGAAGAAGAAGAAGAAGGAACAACGAUCCCUCUUACAAUUCUUCUCCUUCUCAACUCUUAUAUAUUUCGCCCGAUACUUCUUACCUGUCUGCUCCUCCUCCGUCUUCAGGCUACCCUCCACCUCCUCUUCCGCCGAAUUUUUUUUCAUUUCCACCUCAGAAUUCUUACCCUGCACCUUCUCCUCCUUCUCGUUCGCCUUACUACCAGUCUGCGGGUGGAUAUAAUGACAGCGGAUAUGCUAAUCAUGUUGAUGACUCGACUACCGUGAGGACUUCUUCUCAACCUUCACAGACUCCGCAUCCUUCUGUUGGUCAUCUGAAUGCUAAAAAGGUAAAGAACGAUAUCAAUGUGCGUAAAGAUACGAUAAAGCUUGAAGUCGAUGAGAUGGACCCGGACUGCCACUUGGUUUCCUUUACUUUCGAUGCUAUGGUGGAUGGCAGUAUCACUGUCUACUACUUUGCAAAAGAAGGGGCAGACUGCAGCUUCAGUCAACUAUAUUCUGACACCUAUAUGCCAGUAAGAAUGCCCUUUCAGAAAGGAUUGGGCCAGAAAUUCCGUCAAAUUCCAGCAACUGGCAUUGACCUAGGCUUCUUUGAGUUGGAUGAUCUGUCUAAGCCAUCAGCAGGUGAAGAUGUUUUCCCACUUGUUAUCGUAGCUGAAGCAAGCUUACCACCUCAGCCUGAUGAUCAGCUCGAUCAAUCUUUGCAACCAACCAGAUCCUCUAAUGCACAGAUUACUCAAGCUAUCUUAGAGACGAACAAUGGAGACCCAUUCCAAGUGAGAGUUGUCAAGCAGAUAUUGUGGGUUGAUGGGGUUCGCUAUGAGCUUCGUGAAAUUUAUGGAAUUGGCAACUCAGUUGAAGCAGGGUUUGGUGACAAUGACGAAGGGAAGGAGUGUGUUAUUUGCAUGACAGAGCCGAAGGAUACAGCUGUUUUACCUUGUCGACAUUUGUGUAUGUGCAGAGAGUGUGCAAAUGAAUUGAAGCAUCAAUCGAAUAAGUGUCCGAUAUGUCGUCAGGCCAUUGAGGAGCUCUUAGAGAUCUAAAUUCAAUUAAGGUGAUCAGUGAGAAGUGAGAAAUCCACUUCUCAAUAUUUCAUCCACUUCUGCUUCUUAAGGUUUUUGUAUUCCUGUUCUUUUACCUCUGUGUGCUUUUUAUUCACCCAUGAACUAUUUUUUAAGAUGAUCUUAUUAUUCCAAUUCUUUAGGAUCCAUCUUGCCUUCAGAUGUAAUCAUAUCAUAUUAGUUUGUUGAUCUCUUGUAGAUUGUAAAUAUGAUUGUACAUACAACUCAAAAAGUAAAGCAACAUAUAUGGCUGGUUUGCCUUUUCUUUUC